CUGCUGCUGUGCGCGGACUUUUCGUCUCUCUCGCAUCCGUCACGGAGCAGCUAGUGGUGAAAAGUCUCAACCGGGCGGCCGAUGGCAAGUAGUUGGCAGCCAGCAACGCGGACGUGCGCUACUCUAUAUAGACGUGUGGGUUUUUAUUGUCACCAGUAAUAUUAGUAGAGAAUUAGAGAGUUUUAGACAGCCUACCCUACCCACCCUUAUCCCUUUUUCUUCAUAUCAGAUUUGUUGAUUUUCAGCAGCAGAGCGCAGCAAAAGAGAAAUCGCGUUAAUGUGAUUAUAUGCUGCUGAAAUCAUCUCCAGGCUGUUUAUUAUUGCGCCCUAUUAUUUAUUCUUCGCUACGUCGUAGUGACGCUCGACCAUUAAAUUAUUCGAGGCAUUGUUGAUUGUUAAUAACGACUUUGAUUAGUUGCCCAUCAAAAGUGAUCGACAUGUUGUUCUGUGCCCAGUGUUAAAAAGAGGAAAACUCUGAUCGUUCAUCCGAAAGUGGCUAUAAAAAUAAAAGACCCGGCAAUUUAUUCUCGACAGUGUCGUCUAUUUUGCAAAGUUAUUUCUCCGAAAUGGACAAACGCCAGGAAUAACAACAACAUAAACAUGAACCCUAUAUAUAGCCAGCAUCAGUGACCGACUAUCAAGCCAACAGUCAAAUUAGUUUGUUGGUUUUAUUCAGGGAUGACGUCGUCCAAUCGUCGCUCCGGUUACCGUUUCCCUAAUCGUCAUAGAUUAUUUGCUGUUGUUACAACUGCUGGCCGUGUCUUGUGUCCUUUGGAGAGUAGUAUCACUUCUGCCGCUAAUGAACCGACUGCUGCUGUUGCCACCGCCCAGACUGGACCAUCAUCAGAGUCUGACGCCCCGGCGGCUCCGCAUGACGUCCAUGUUGACUGAUGUUGACGACUGCCGUGGCAGGAGGAUGAAGUCGGCUCUAGCGCUGGUGAUGGUGGUGACCUUUAUGGCGACUCUGGUGCUGGACGUCUCUGCUGCUGCCGCUCAGACGGCCACCGACAUCAGGUCCAGCAGCCGAGGAGAAGCGCUUUGGAGCUGGUCAGACUCUGAUGAUGCUGCUGGCCAAGAGUUGUCCGACUCGAUGGAAUUGUCGCCGUCAUCCGAAAACGAGUUUCUACUCCAAUUGAGCUCUGACACUAAUUGGACGUCGUAUCUGAACGAGACGGAAGACGACGACGACGACCAAGUGGAGGAGGACCAAGACGACGAGGUAGAAGACGCCGUCAUUUUCGAUGAGGCCGAUGGCGAUGGCAACGGGACUAACUGGUGGACCAGUCCCGUCUACCCGAGCGGUUACACGCCGCUGGGUCUGGUCAUCGCCUCCAUUUUUGUCACCUUCAUCAUGAUCAUCAUCGUUGGCGGCAACAUUCUGGUCAUCAUCGCCAUCGCCACCGAGCGCUCGCUCAAGGGCAUUCAGAACUGGUUCAUCGGCUCGCUGGCCGUGGCCGACUGUCUGCUGGGCGCCAUCAUCAUGCCCUUCUCUCUGGCCAACGAGAUGAUGGGCUACUGGGUGUUUGGCCAGUGGUGGUGCGACGUCCACUCGGCCGUCGACGUCCUCCUCUGCACGUCCAGCAUCAUGAACCUCUGCCUCAUCAGUUUGGAUCGUUACUGGUCCAUCACUCACGCCAUCGAGUACCUGCGCAAGCGGACGCCCGAGCGCUGUGUCAUCAUGAUCACCACCGUCUGGAUCCUGAGCGGCCUCGUCUCCAUUCCGCCUCUGCUCGGAUGGAAGAAGGAAACGCCCCAGGGAGAAUUCCCCAAAUGCGAGCUGAGCGAAGAUAUCGGCUACGUCCUGUACUCGGCCCUGGGCUCGUUCUACAUCCCCAGUUGCAUCAUGGUGUUUGUGUACAUCCGGAUUUACUACGCGGCCAGGGCCAGGGCGCGCCGGUCCCAGGAGAACAAGAUCAAGCGCAAACUCUCGCAGACCAAGGAGCAACAGCUGGAACAGCAGCAGCAGAGGCGCCUCAGCAAGCAGAAGGCAGAGAUGCAACAACAACAACAACAACAACAGCAAAAGGAAGAAUUGGAGAUGAAGCCAAUCAAAGUGGCCGUGCUGGCCGGCACGGACGCCGUCGGCAAAGAUCAUCAACACUCGACGCAACAGUCGGUCAUGGCUAAUAACAACGGCAACGCCCAGGGUGACAGGAGCCUUCCUGCUCCGGUGGCUCCAUCAUCCCGCGGAUCGCUCACCAACAUCAAACCGCUGCCGGACGGCCAACACCACCAACAGCACAGGACCAUCAGCGAGACGGCCGACAUCAGGAGGCACAGUCUGUCGAUAGGCGACGUCGGAUUGAGGAAUCUGACAACGAAUUGGGGCCCGUCGCUGUCGGUGGACCGGCUGAGCGUCUUUGACGGAUGCCGGACGACUAACAACAAGCCGAGAAACGGGUUCAAGGUCGAUCAAUCCUUCCGCCCGUCUCCCCAGCAAAAGGCGUCGUCCAACGCCCCCUCGGCGGCGCCCAGUCUGACGGCCAUCAACGAAUCCUCAUCCACCGGCGACGAUCAGUGCCAGAAGCAGCUGCAGCAGCCGACGGAUGACAUUCCGGCGGAGGGCGUGGCCCUGCCGCCGGCAGCUCAACGUCCGUCGUCGCUCAAGAACGGCGGCGAUCGAACGACGACGGCGACGCUGGGAACGAGACAUUGCGUCACUUUCGAGUGUCUCACGGUGGAGAGCAGCAGCGUCACUUAUUCGACUGUCAAAUGUUUCAGUGGCGACCACCAGCCGCCGCCGAUCCUCAACAACAAAGUCGAACCGGAACCGACGGCCAUGGCGACCAUUUGCGAGCAGCAGGCGGCGGCCCCGGCCGCUGCUGUUGUCCCGCCGGUACCCAAUAAACGGACGCCGCUGCUGGGCCAGAAGCCGCGGAGUCGGUUCGAAAAAUUGGCCAGGCGGAUCUUGGCCACCGGAUUGGCGGAAGGGAGCGCUCCGGCCGAGACCAGCAAGAUGAACUCGUCGUCGACUUACGAAUGGUCGUCGGCCACCAACGACGACGACCACCACCUGGAAUCUCCGUCGCCCAUCAACGCUUCCGACAACGUCAGCAUGAUGACCGAUCCGGCGCCGCCGACCUCCGGCGGCAAGACUUCCGCUUCCGUUUCGGCCUCCGCCGCCUCGGCCGCCAGCAAUCACAAGACGUUGCGAUCCAGCGGGAGUCACGACCUGAACAACGAGAACGACAUGGCCAGCGACGGGGGACUUGAUCCUUCGUCGUCAGAUUCGGGCACUUUGGCCCGUUGCACCGUCGUCCGUCCCCUCAAGAUCCGCUUCUGCCGGCCCAAUUCCGGCAGCGUUCACAAAAAGUCUUCCAAAGCCAAACGACAGGUGAUCGACACUGGGAGAGUGGUUGUUCGAGAGAAAGACCCGGCCCGUGAGCGGAGGAGGAUCAGCCGUCAGCGGGAGAAAAGAGCGACUCUCAUCCUUGGACUGAUCAUGGGAGCCUUCAUCGCCUGUUGGUUGCCCUUCUUUUUCCUCUACUUGCUGGCUCCUGUCUGCCCGUCGUGCAACAUUCAACCCUGGGGCUUCGCCUUCGCUUUUUGGCUCGGCUACAUCAAUUCGGCCCUCAAUCCCGUCAUUUACACCAUUUUCAACAAAGACUUCCGGCGAGCGUUUCGUCGCAUCCUCUUCCGCUGCACCAUCGCUCACUACUGAGACAUUUCGCUUUUGCAAACUCCAAAGCGAAAAUUGGAGAAAAAUAAAAAUUGGCGCAGUCCGCGAAAAAUAAAAAA